GGAAUGUGACAUUUAUGAACCUUUUUAUUCAGCCUUUAAUUCCAUCAUCAUCUUAACACAUUAAUUGCAUAACUACUCUUAUUAGCAGCUUCAUCAGAAAAUUAAGAGAGAUCAUAUCAUAGAUAUGGAGGUUGUUGAUAAAGGUCCAGUUUGCGUUACAGGAGGCAAUGGAUUUAUAGGUUCUUGGUUGAUUAUGAGGCUUCUUCAACAAGGUUAUUCUGUUCAUACCACUGUUAGAUCUAAUCCAGAAAGCAACAAAGACCUCAGCUAUCUCAGAAACCUACCAGGAGCGCCAGAAAGGCUCCAAAUCUUCAAAGCAGACCUUGAGGUACCAGACAGCUUCAAGGAAGCCAUUGAAGGGUGUGUCGGAGUCUUCCAUGUCGCCCAUCCGAUGGACAUGAGAGGCGAACAGCCGGAGGAAGUUGUGACGAAGUGGGCUGUGGAAGGAACCCAAGGGAUUCUGAGGACAUGCUUGAGUUCAAACACAGUGAAGAAAUUGAUUUUCACUUCAAGUUUAGCUGCAGUCAUGUUUAAGAACUUUAAAGGUAUUGAAACGGUGGACGAAACGAUAUGGAGUGACCUUGAAAUUGGGCGUUCAAGCCCUGCUUUGAGGUCCUCAUAUUUUGUUUCAAAGACAUUGACUGAGAAGGCUGUGUUGGAAUUUGGAAAGGAAAAUGAGACAAAGUUGAAGGUUGUGAGCUUUGUUCUUCCUUUGGUUGGCGGACCUUUUCUUGCCCCAAAGAUGCCAGCCGCAAUAAGUUUGGCACUUUCAUUGAUCUUAGGUGACGAGAGCCAAUGCAAGAUUCUGAGAAACACAUACAUGGUGCACGUAGAAGAUGUCACAAGGGCUCUUAUAUUUCUAUUCGAAAAUAGCAAUGCUAAGGGACGCCUUAUUUGUGGUUUUCACCAAGUCACAUUUCAACAGUUGCAUCAAAUGAUUUCGCAGAAAUACCCUCAGUAUCACAUAGCAAUACCAGAUAAUUUCAUGGGAGCAAAGGAUAAUGAUAAGAAGAAGUAUCCUUGUCUGUCAUACAAAAAGCUUCGGGACACAGGGUUCGAGCUAAGGUAUGGAGUCGAGGAUAUUUAUGAUGACGCUAUCAAGUCAUGCAAAGACAAGGGUUUUCUCUAGGUAAUAUAUAAGACAAUCAUAUAUCUCUGUAAUUUGCAGAAAUAACUGGUGUGUAGCAUUUGCAUGGGAAUAAUAUGUGUAAUAUAUCAUGUGAAGCAGAACUUAAUUAUCGGUGUUAAAUAUUAAAUCUUAUUAGCACACUAUCUUA